CGCUCCAGCGAGGCGACUUGCCGAUUGCACCAGCGACUUGCAGAAAGCUCGGCAGGACCAUUCAGCUCCGGGUUUGCAGACGCCCAGCCUCAGAAGACGCAAGGGGUACUGGGAACUUCCGAGAGACCUGAGUGACUGAAGGAUGGUACUGGUGGCCUUGCUUGGACUCAGCUGGUUCUGUUCACCCCUGGGAGCGCUGGUUCUGGAUUUCAACAACAUCAAGAGCUCUACUGAUGUGCAAGGCACUGGGAAGGGCUCACAGUGUGCAUCAGACAAGGACUGCAGUGCAGGAAAAUUCUGCUUCACGCUGCACGACGAUAGGUCACUCUGUGCCACGUGCCGCAGAGCUCGGAGGAGGUGCCAGAGGAGUGCCAUGUGCUGCCCGGGAACCGUCUGUGUGAACGAUGUUUGCACUGCUGUGGAGGACACAAGGACAGUAAUGGGCAGAAACACUGAUGACCAAGACGACACCUAUGCAGAAGGAACCGCCAAACGGCCCACAGAGGAAAACAGACCUCAGGGGAAGCCCAGUGUUAAGAAAUCACAGAGCAGUAAGGGAGAGGAGGGAGAAAGCUGUCUGAGAACUUCCGACUGUGACCCUGGACUUUGCUGUGCUCGCCAUUUUUGGACAAAAAUUUGCAAGCCGGUUCUACUAGAGGGGCAGGUCUGCUCCAGGAGAGGGCAGAAGGACACUGCCCAAGCCCCAGAAAUCUUUCAGCGCUGCGACUGCGGUCCUGGACUAGUGUGUCGAAGUCAGGUGACUGGAAACCGGCAACAGACACGGCUAAGAGUAUGCCAGAGAAUAUGACUGUAACCCGGCUGUAAACACGGGACUCACAGCCAGGCACUGAUUUUAUUAUUGUUAUUUUUUUAUUUUGUUUUUUAUUUUAUUUUAUUUUAUUUUUGAGAUGGAGCUCUAUUGUGUAGCCCCGGCUGGGCUGGAACUUGCUGUCAACCUGGCUAUCUUGAACUCAUAGAGAUCCGCCUGCUUCUGCCUUCUGGGUACUUCUUCGGGUAGAGGGAGGAGUUUUCAGACAGGGUCUCAAAGUCAGCUAUGCAGCCCAGGCUGUCCUCAAACUCACUGUCUUCUUACCUCAAGCCCCAGGUUGGGAUAACCGACGAGCACUAUACCCAGCAUAUAUAUAGAACCAAACCUAGCAACUGAAACACACAGUAACCAGAGCACUAUGAGAUGCUUUUUGUCUCUUGUCUAGAAUACUGACAUGAUUCUACAAUAAAACAAUU